AUUCGAGCGCAGUAGGAAAAGAUUUUCAACUUUUGUUUAAUCCUCAUCCUCAAGCCGCACCACUACUACUGUUCCAACUUCACCAGCAAACUACCAUUGCCUUCCACUUCACUAUCCACCCUUCUCCUCACGCAUGUUUGAUGUUUGUAAUAUUGUCUCAAUGACACUACUCUCUCCACUUCACUCUCUCCCUCACCCUUUCCCUCGCACCUUAAACCCACACCCCCAUUCAACACCAACACCUCCCUUAUCUUUCUCUUCCAAUUCAACCUUCAAAUUCCCUACUCUUUGCACCACCCCUUCUUCCACAACACACCACCCCCUCCCUCCCAAUGAAACCCUUCUUCUUCAACUCACCCAAUCCUCUUCCUUUGAUUCCAUCACAACUCUUCUCAAACAACUCAAAUCCUCCGGUUCCAUCCCAAACGCCACCACUUUCGCUACCCUUAUCCAAAGUUUUACCAAUUUCCAUGAAAUUGAAAACUUGCUUAAGAUAUUGGAAAAUGAAUUAGGGUUUAAACCAGAUACCAAUUUUUACAAUAUUGCCCUCAAUGCUCUAGUUGAGGACAAUAAGCUUAAGCUAGUUGAAAUGCUUCAUUCCAAGAUGGUUAAUGAGGGUAUUGUUCUUGAUGUUUCAACUUUUAAUGUUUUGAUUAAGGCUUUGUGUAAAGCACAUCAAUUAAGGCCUGCAAUUUUGAUGCUUGAGGAAAUGGCAAAUCACGGGUUGAAGCCUGAUGAGAUAACUUUCACCACGUUGAUGCAGGGUUUUAUUGAAGAAGGUGAUUUGAAUGGUGCUUUGAAGAUGAAGAAACAAAUGUUGGGGUAUGGUUGUUUGCUUACAAAUGUUUCUGUGAAAGUUUUGGUGAAUGGUUUUUGCAAAGAAGGUCGUGUUGAGGAAGCCCUUAGGUUUGUGCUGGAGGUUUCUGAGGAAGGGUUUUCUCCUGAUCAGGUUACUUUUAAUUCUUUGGUGAAUGGGUUUUGUAGAAUUGGAAAUGUUAAUGAUGCUUUGGAUAUUGUGGAUUUUAUGAUUGAAAAAGGUUUUGAUCCUGAUGUGUAUACUUAUAAUUCGUUGAUAUCUGGAAUGUGUAAGUUAGGUGAAUUUGAAAAGGCGAUAGAGAUUUUGCAACAAAUGAUUUUGAGAGAAUGUUCUCCAAAUACUGUAACUUAUAAUACACUUAUUAGCGCUUUGUGUAAGGAGAAUGAAAUUGAAGCUGCCACUGAUCUUGCUCGAAUUCUUGUUAGCAAAGGGUUGUUGCCGGAUGUUUGUACGUUUAAUACUUUGAUACAGGGUCUAUGCUUGAGUAAGAACCAAGAUAUUGCGAUGGAGAUGUUCGAGGAGAUGAAGAACAAAGGGUGUAAACCUGACGAGUUCACAUACAGUAUAUUGAUUGACAGUUUAUGUUAUGAAAGGAGGCUUAAAGAAGCAUUGAUGCUGUUGAAAGAAAUGGAGUCGAGUGGCUGUGCUAGGAAUGCGGUGGUGUACAACACUUUGAUAGAUGGUUUGUGUAAAAGCAGAAGGAUUGAAGAUGCGGAGGAGAUAUUUGAUCAGAUGGAACUUCUCGGGGUGUCGAGAAGUUCUGUAACGUAUAACACACUUAUCGACGGUCUUUGUAAAAACAAGAGAGUCGAAGAAGCUUCUCAACUUAUGGAUCAGAUGAUAAUGGAAGGAUUAAAGCCUGACAAAUUCACGUAUAACUCAUUGCUUACUUACUUCUGCAGAGUUGGAGAUAUAGAGAAAGCAGGUGAUAUUGUGCAAACUAUGGCUUCAAAUGGGUGUGAACCGGAUAUCUUUACCUAUGGCACUCUUAUCGGUGGACUAUGUAGAGCUGGUAGAGUAGAUGUUGCAAGUAAGCUUCUUCGAUCGGUCCAGAUGAAAGGUAUAGUCUUGACUCCUCAUGCUUAUAACCCUGUGAUUCAAGCAUUAUUCAUGAGGAAGAGAACUAAAGAAGGAAUGAGACUUUUCAGAGAAAUGAUGGAAAAAAGUGAUCCACCAGAUGCUUUAACACACAAAAUCGUUUUCCGUGGCCUGUGUAAUGGUGGAGGACCAAUACAAGAGGCUAUUGAUUUUACAGUUGAGAUGUUGGAGAAAGGAAUAUUGCCAGAGUUUCCAUCAUUUGGUUUUUUGGCGGAAGGGCUUUGUUCAUUAUCAAUGGAGGACACUCUCAUUGAACUCAUCAAUAUGGUGAUGGAGAAAGCGCAAAUGUCGGAAAGGGAAACAUCUAUGAUCAGAGGUUUCCUCAAGAUCCGUAAAUUUAAUGAUGCCUUGGCCAAUCUCGGUGGUAUCUUGGAUAGGCAAAACCCCAAAAGAUAUAAUUGACUCGUGAGAAUUUUAUUGUGACUUGUAAGUUGUAACUGCACUAUCAUGCCUAAAAGGGUGUAAUUGGAAAUCACCUCAUUCUGGUAAAGAUGCUGAAGAAUAUGGUGGAGUUCAAAAUCUGGACUCAAGGCUAAAUUGCAGAAUUGGGGUCAAUACAUUUCAGCACUAGCGACCUUCUGGCUGUCAUUGUUCAGCCUCGAUGUUUCCUGUUUCAGGGAAAAUGUGAACAUGUAACUUGUAGUUGUAGGUGGCAUUUGUAUGAAUGUUUUUCUUUAUUAUAGAUGGUUUAAAAUAUAUAAAAAAAAGUUCAUUCAAUUGCUAAUUUUAACUUUUGAAUAUGCCAAUGAGUUAUGGUUUAGAAAACCUUCGUUUUCUACUUAAAAUCUCCAUCAGCUAUUAUAUUGCUUAAACUGUUCUCAAAAUAGUGUCUACCUCUUUGAUGUACUUGAUGAACAUUCUUUAUAUAGUCUUACGUCCCAACUGCCAGA